AUGUUGUCUACAGCUUUUAAAAAUAUUAUUAGAAGGGUUCAAGUAAAUAUAAUAAGAUCAUUAUCUAUUAAUUGGUAUUAUGCAGUUGAUGUUCCUGUUAACGAAUCAUUCCAAUCAAAGCAAUCAAAAGUUAACCAACCUAAAGAGUUCAAGCAAUUUACCGAACAUGAUACAGAUAAAUUAAGACAAGCAUAUAGGAAAUAUGUAUCAUCUGCCAAAAAAUCCAAUCAGGUCGUAAAAGUUAGUGAGGAUAACUUAUUCUGUGUUGAUUUUGAUAAAAUGGAAUUGAAACCAAUAUAUUGGGAUGGUCCUUCAUAUGAAGUAAGAAGAGGUAUUUGGUUUAAUAACAGUGACAUACCAAUCCCUGAAACUUUGGCAUCUGAGAUAGAUGAGCUAUCCAAUAGAUUCAAGAAGGAUGACCGUGAUACUUGUGUUUAUAAACUUAAAACAAACAAAUAUGAAGGAAUACAAUAUAUAUUAUUUAUCAGUGAUGUAGAAGCCUUUUUAUUACCUGAUUUAAAUGGUGGCAGUAUUCAUAUCAAAUUUUUAAAAUCUGGGAUAGGACAAUAUUUACCAAUCAUUGGCACAAAAAUAACUAAAUAUACGAACCUCCAAAAAUUAGAAAACCCGGCAGAUCAUAAUACAAAUAUCAGUCAAUCCUCUGAAAGUAAAUCUAUACCCUCCACAAGUCAACAAGGAAUUUCAUCAAACACAACAAGUCCUUGGUUAGAUUGGGGAUUUUAUAAUCAAUUACCAAAUUUUUGGACUAGUGAAUGGAACCAAAUAAAUCUUCUUAACACCAAUGAAUCAAAUAUCAUUGAAUCGGCAUAUGAUGAUCAAGACAAGUCAUCAAAAAAUUCACAUUAUAGAAAGAUAAGACAUCUAGUAUUAUGUGUCCAUGGAAUAGGUCAAACUCUGGGGAAAAAGUAUGAACACGUCAAUUUUUCACAUACUGUUAAUCUUUUACGAACGAAUAUGAAACAAUUAUAUGAUGCCUCCUCUGAUUUAAAGAAAUUAAAUAAAAUAAAAGGGAAUUCAGAUUGGGAGACAAACUGUGGUGUUCAAGUUUUACCAAUUACAUGGCGCCAUUCAAUUGGAUUUGAGACGGAACCGUUACAAAAGAUCAAAAGAAACUCAGACUUCCCUACAUUAUUUGACAUCACAAUAAAUGGGAUCUUACCAUUAAGAAAACUUGUAGGUGAUAUUGCAAUUGAUGUGGUUUUAUAUGAAGAGCCUUACUACAGAGAGAUUAUAUUAAAAGAAGUAUGUAAACAGUUAAACAAAACCUACAAAUUAUUCAAAAUAAUGAAUAAAGAUUUUCCUGAGGAAAUACAUCUAAUUGGACAUUCUCUUGGAAGUGUAAUUUUGUUUGAUAUAUCAAAAGAUCCGCAGAGGUAUCCUCUAAAUUUUGAUGUCAAGAAAUUUUUCUGUAUAGGAUCCCCUGUUGGUUUAUUAAAACUAGUUCAAAGAACCAAAAUUGCUCCCUUUGGUAUUACAUUUUCAUCUGAUGCCAACAUCAACCAACCAAAAUGUGAAGACUUGUACAAUAUAUAUCAUAAUUGUGACCCAGUUGCCUACAGAAUGGAACCACUAAUUCAUCCAAGUUUAAGUAACAUUAAUCAUUGUAUUUUACCGCAUUUUUCAGAGUUUGAUGGAAUAACUUCGAAAUUUUUACAAGUUGGUGGAGAAUUUUUGGAUAAAUUUCCAUCAGCGGAGACCAAACCUAUUGAAAAGGGAAAUGAAAGGAAUGGGAUGGAAAUUGAAUUAAACAAUAGAGAUCAGAUUCCAGAUGAUGCUAGGAAGUUAUUAUCUCAAUUAAAUCACUUAGAAAGAGUCGAUUAUGCGAUGCCAUCUGAUAUGUUGGAAGUCAAUGCAAUUGCAGCCAUAAGAUCUCAUGUGUCAUAUUUCAAAGACCCAGAUAUUGCUGGAUUUAUUUUGAAAGAGAUCCUCACUACAAAAAAGAGAAAUAUAAAGACUUGA